GGCGCAAGGUGCCGGUUGAUCCAGUCGCGCUGCGACGCCUCCGUCUGGAGCAUCAUGGAGGACGUGCCGACGAAGUCCGAGAGCGAGCAGAGUUCGUUGGGCUUGGUCUUGGUCUAUGUGGGCGACUUCUUGCUCGCCGGCGGCAGUGAGACGAUCACCGCAGUGGAGGAGGUGAUGAUGGCGAUUUGGACGUGCUCGGUCCAAUCGCUCAUCGACCGUGCGCACCUGGGCACGAUCAGAUACCUCGGGCUUGAGGUUGAGGCGAGGGCCGACGGUGCGUUCGUGGCCCAUCCGGCCGCAUGCGUGGAGGACCUCUUGGGCGGGUGGCAGAUGACGAACGCCAAUGCGUGCGGCAACAUGUCCAUCGAGCCGCUUGGGGAGAAGAUUGACGCAGAGCCCGAACUCGGCGACGUGCGCCUCGCCCAGAAGCUCGGCGUCUUCGCCGACGCCAGUUUCGAAACCGAGUUCUCCCAGACGGGCGCCGCGGUGUACCUGGGCGGGGGCCUCAUCGACUGGCGAUCCGUCAGGCAGGCGCAGGUUGCGAGAUCUACGGCGGAGGCCGAGAUUGCGGCCCUGGCCAUGGGCGUCGUCAUGUUCGAGGGCGCGGAGGCGAGCCUCGCGAGCAUGAUGGUACAGCUGCCGCUCUCCAAGAUGUGGGGCGGCAGUGCCGCGUCGCUGUGCUUGGCCCGGGGCCAGGGCAGCUGGAGGACGCGCGCGCUUUCCAACAGGGCGUCGGCCCUCCGCAGCCGGAUGGAGAGCGAGACCCUUCAGCUCGACCACGUCGGGUCGAACGAGCAGCGGGCUGAUGGCCUCACGAAGGUUUUCUCGGUGCCCGCCAUGUCCCGGAUCAGGGGCCACUUCCGCCUCCGGGCUUUGUAAAUAUUGCGUGGCCGCAUCGUUUGUCGAGUGCGUCUUGCAUCAGAGACAGCGGGGGCCUCUGCUGUGCACCGGC